GACACGGCGUCUCUCUUUCUCUCUCCGUCUCUCUGUCACACUCUCUCUCUUGCGCACGCCAAGUUGGAGGCGCCAGUCACUUCUACCCCAGCCUCUGCUUCAUCUCACUCUCGGUCUUGGCUGUGACCCCCACCCCCAGCAGCAGUCAUGGCACCCAAAAAGAACAAGGCAGCCAAGAAGAACAAGGGAGACAUAAAUGAGAUGACCAUCAUGGUUGAGGACAGCCCUAUCAACAAGAUCAACGGGCUGAACACACUCCUCGAAGGUGGAAAUGGCUUCAGCUGCAUCUCCACAGAGGUCAACGACCCCGUCUAUGCCCCCAACCUCCUGGAGGGCCUGAGCAACAUGAGAACGGACAGCUUCCUGUGCGACCUGACCGUCUCCACCAAAUCCAAGUCUUUCGACGUCCACAAGGUGGUCAUGGCCUCCUGCAGCGAGUACAUCCAGAGCGUGCUGAAGAAAGACCCCACGGUGGCCAACAUCGACCUCAUGGACCUGUCCCCCGUGGGCCUGGCCACCGCCAUCACCUACGCCUACUCCGGCAAGCUCACGCUGUCCCUCUACACCAUCGGCAGCACCAUCGCCGCCGCCAUGUUCCUGCAGGUCAACACGCUGGUGAAGAUGUGCAGCGACUUCCUGAUGCAGGAGAUCAGCGUGGAGAACUGCAUGUACGUGGCCAACAUCGCCGACACCUACGACCUCAAGGAGACCAAGGAGGCCGCACAGAAGUUCAUGCGCGAGAACUUCAUCGAGUUCUCGGAGAUGGAGCAGUUCCUGAAGCUCACCUACGAGCAGAUCACCGACUUCCUGCAGGACGACUCCCUGCAGCUGCCCUCCGAGCUCACCGCCUUCCAGAUCGCCAUGAAGUGGCUCGACUUCGACGAGAAGCGCCUCAAGUACGCGUCGGACCUGCUCACCAACAUUCGCUUCGGCACCAUCGCCGCCACCGACCUGGUCAGCCACGUGCAGAGCGUGCCGCGCAUGAUGCAGGACGCCGAGUGUCACCGCCUGCUGGUGGACGCCAUGAACUACCACCUGCUGCCCUUCCAGCAGAACAUCCUGCAGUCGCGCAGGACCAAGGUGCGCGGAGGCCUCAAGGUGAUGCUGACGGUGGGCGGGCGCCCCGCGCUGACCGAGAAGUCGCUCAGCAAGGAGGUGCUGUACAGGGACGAGGACAACGUGUGGAACAAGCUCACCGACAUGCCCGCCAAGAGCUUCAACCAGUGCGUGGCCGUGCUGGACGGAUUCCUGUAUGUGGCUGGAGGAGAGGACCAGAACGAUGCCAGGAACCAGGCCAAGCACGCCGUCAGCAACUUCUGCAGAUAUGAUCCACGCUUCAACAACUGGAUCCACCUGACCAACAUGAUCCAGAGGCGCACCCACUUCAGCCUCAACACCUUCAACGGCCUCCUGUACGCCGUGGGCGGACGCAACUCCGAGGGCUGCCAGGCGUCCGUGGAGUGCUACGUGCCGUCCUCCAACCAGUGGCAGAUGAAGGCGCCCAUGGAGGUGGGCAGGUGCUGCCACGGCAGCUGCGUCAUCGACGGCAAGAUCCUGGUGAGCGGCGGCUACAUCAACAACGCCUACUCCCGCGCCGUGUGCUCGUACGACCCGUCCACCGACAGCUGGUCGGAUAAGGCCAGUCUCAGCACCCCGAGAGGUUGGCAUUGCGCCGCCACCGUGGGCGACCGCGCGUACGUGGUGGGCGGCAGCCAGCUGGGCGGCCGCGGCGAGAGGGUAGACGUGCUGGCGGUGGAGUGCUUCAACCCCCAGUCGGGGCAGUGGAGCUACUGCUCCCCCUUGCACACGGGGGUGAGCACCGCGGGCGCCGCCAGUCUUAACGGCAAGAUCUACCUGCUGGGCGGCUGGAACGAGAUCGAGAAGAAGUACAAGAAGUGCAUACAGGUGUUCAACCCUGACCUCAACGAGUGGACUGAGGACGACGAGUUGCCCGAGGCAACAGUGGGCAUCUCCUGUUGUGUCGUCACAAUCCCCACCCGCAAAACGCGGGAGUCCAGAGCCAGCUCGGCAUCCUCCGCGCCAGUUAGUAUAUAACUUGAGGAGAGGUGUUGGUGUUGUUGUUGGGGGUACUUAAAUCAUAACUAAUUUAUUAGCAUUACUCAGAACAAGGCUACAUAUUUUUCCAUCAUCAUUUUUUUUUAGUCAGUGAAGUCUGAAUCCAAUGUGAUGAAGCUGAUGAUGUAUACCUACGUCCAUUGAUUUCAAUUCUCAUGUAGGGUGUUAUGUGUUGGGAUAUCAGUGUAAAUACCAUGCAUUUAGUUGUCAGAUUACACAUCAAACACGUGAAUGUAGCUGAAGACGACUGUAACUAUUACUGGGUUUACAUGUUCUGUUUUUGUUUGUAAAAAAAACAAAAAAAAAGUUACAAACUUCUCUUCUGUGCCAGGUAAAUGAAUGUGACUAUCACAAGGAUAUUGCCAAGAAAUUACAUGAAACAAACUGAAUUAUGUGAAAAGGCAAACUGAAAAUUCAAAUUACAGACACCAGUUUUAGUAUAAAAGAUGCU